CAGUGAAAGGGAGGUGGGAGGGAGGGUGAUCACAUGGCCGCGGACAGUCUCCGUCUGGAAAAUCUUACGGAAGAACACAUUUAUAGGCUAUCAAUAAUAUUAUUUUUAUCACAACGGACGCCUUUUGUUGUUGUUGGUCUGAACCUAAACGUGGAGGGAGGCUGGCUCUCUCGCGCGUAAUAUAAAGAGCCAUCCGGCACAGAAUGGAGCACUUUACGCACCAAGAGGCUGCGCGCAGGCUGCUUUAUUCUUUCGGUUAGCAGAACAAAACAAGGGCGCGUUUGUGGUCCCGGUUCAGCUAACGAAAAACAAACCGGUCAUAAAACACCCGGUAAGUCGGCUCAAAAAACAUUCCAGCCGUGCCUUUUUCUUUUUUUUAAUUGUCCGCUCUCAGCCCAGCCGUCUGCUCUCCGGAGGACAUGCCUGGAAUCUGAGUGUUGUUGUUUUUGUUUUUUUGAUGUUAAAGUUUGACACACGUUUUGAUCGAACAAUGAAGACCUCGCUGGCUCCCGGCAUACGGUUUAUCACGUCCUUUUCUCGAGAUAGUUGGUAUCGCGGUUUCACUCUUGGCCUCACCUUCCUCUUCUACACGGCCUACCAUCUUUCACGGAAACCUAUCAGCAUUGUUAAGGGUGAGCUGCACAGAAACUGUUCCGCAGUCGUUCGGCCUGCUGACCUUAACAUAACCAACAAUGCUACUUGGUGUGACUGGGCGCCUUUUGGCCAGGACAACUACCAGACACUGUUUGGGGUCUUGGAUAACUCCUUCCUGGUUGCCUAUGCCAUCGGCAUGUUUUUCAGCGGGAUAUUUGGAGAGCGCGUGCCUCUGCGCUACUACCUGAGUUUUGGGAUGGUGAUGAGUGGAUUGUUCACAUGUCUGUUUGGCCUCGGCUUCUACUUGAACAUCCACUCAUUAGGGUACUACGCCGCCAUCCAGGUCAUGAACGGGCUCAUGCAGACCACCGGUUGGCCUGCAGUGGUGGCUUGUGUCGGCAACUGGUUUGGGAAGGGGAAACGUGGGUUUAUCAUGGGUGUGUGGAACUCCCACACCUCAGUGGGAAACAUCUUGGGCUCCCUCAUCGCAGGAGCCUUUGUGUCCUCGCAGUGGGGAAUGUCCUUCAUAGUCCCCGGACUCAUUAUCAUCUGCACUGGGAUCCUGUGCUUCUUCUUCCUGGUUGAGAAACCUGAACAAGUCAACUGCACUCCUCCUCAGCACCACAGUGAAAAGGAGGGCGACGAGACGGAGUCUAUCGUGAAUAACACGUCCCAAAUUGACAUAAACGCUUACGGUUCCAUCACCGUUGAGCCCGCGGAGGUCGUUGAGGACCACACAGAGGCCAUCAGCUUCAUUGGGGCUCUCAGUAUACCGGGAGUGGUGGAGUUCUCUCUCUGCCUGAUGUUCGCCAAGUUGGUCAGCUACACUUUCCUGUACUGGCUUCCUCUCUACAUCUCCAACGUUGCACAUUUUGAAGCAAAAGCUGCCGGAGACAUGUCAACACUGUUCGAUGUGGGAGGAAUCGUGGGAGGCAUCACGGCGGGCCUCGUGUCUGACUACACAGGCGGGAGGGCGACAACCUGCUGCGUCAUGUUGCUCACUGCUGCCCCGAUGCUUUUCCUCUAUAAUUACAUCGGACAAAGGAGCAUCGGUACUACAGUCGGUAUGCUGCUAUUGUGUGGAGGCCUGGUGAACGGGCCAUACGCCCUCAUCACUACUGCUGUAUCUGCUGACCUGGGAACACAUGAGAGUCUGAGAGGUAACUCCAGGGCGUUGUCAACAGUGACCGCAAUUAUUGACGGGACUGGUUCAGUCGGAGCUGCGGUGGGUCCUCUGUUAGCCGGCGUGAUCUCUCCCACCGGCUGGAACAACGUCUUCUACAUGCUCAUCACUUCUGACCUCUUAGCCUGCCUGUUUUUGUCCAGGCUUGUUUACAAAGAAGCGUGCGGUUGGUGUCGACGUGUCCCCCGAGCCAGAGGGUUCAAAGAAAUCUGAAAAACUCACACAAUGAAACUGGGAACCAAACAGAAAAAAGAGGGAGAAAUGCUGAAAACGGACCUCAGUGGACCAGACAUACUAGCGGAAUGGAAACCAGUGGAGCCACCAUUGGAAGAUAAAAGGCACUAAAACUGACGAUUGAAGCCUUCUUAUUAUUGUAAAACAGAGAGAAAUACGUCUUUAUGGAGACAACACUUUUUUAUGACUGAUUUACUCAUUCUAACUUGUUUGUUUUUAAUAUUAUUUUAUCAUUAAAGUGUACAUACUGUGUACAUUUUCUUAA